AUGAAUCUAGGUCCUGUCGUGGCUCUGCAUCUUACUAGCCUUCCUCCAAUUCUCAAACCGAAUCUACAAUCCACCAUAAAUCAAGGUCUCAUUGUGAAUCUGUAUCUCACCAGCCUUUCUCCACUUCUCAAACUGAACCUACAACCUACCAUGAAUCUAGAUCUCACCAUGAAUCUAGAUCUCACCGUGAAUCUAGAUCUCGCCCUAUAUCUUGCCAUAGCGAUCAUGAUCGAUCAUUAUCCUUACCUUAAUGAUAUUUUACAAGACAACGAUCACAAGAUAGAUCUCUAUCAUCAGUUAUAUUUGAUACUUAAGAAGCUUGAAGCAAGUUCGAAUGAAAUAAAGGCUAGGCUAGAGCAAUUAGAAAGACAACAUGAUGAACGAGAGAAUGAUCUCUCCACACAA